AUUAUUGCUGAGAUUUUCACGUGGUCGACCUGUGUUUGUAGGAUUAGUUAAUGUUACAAGAACUUUGUCCUAUAGGGGGAGCAUUUGUCGUUUUAGAUACCAGUUCAUUUUAUUUCAGCUUAUGAGAGCGAUCUGUUCAAAGUCAUCCCUUUCUCGUCCUUAGUUUUCGUGGCGUGCAUUUAAUUCAAAUUUAAUGAAGAUUAAUUAAAAAAUGGGAAAGAUAACUGCUGAUAAAUCUCAAAUAAAUUCAUCUUUAGAAUUACAAGUAAUGGCCAAAAAUGAUUAUUUUUUAACUUCUGCCUUUUUGAAUAAAGAAGUAGAAUGGAAUUCUGAUAGUGAAGAUAUUACAUUAGAAACAGAAAAAAUAAAUUGGGAAAAAAAUUUUUCACAUUCUAUAUCAAAUAAAUCAAAUAUGAUACAUGAUAGUACAAUGGACUCGGGAUUAGGUUCAGCUAAAUCCUUAUCUCCAAGAUCUCCUGAACCUGAAUGGAAUAGUAAUGUUGAUUGUGAAAUGAGAACUGAGCAUUUAAUAGAAGAUCCUGCAUCAGUAUUAUUUAACAUAUUAGAUAUAAAGGAAGAUUCUUGGAAUAGUGAUGAGCCACCACGUAAAAUACCAAAAAAAGAUGAUUCCAAUAUAUUGUCCUUUAACAGUCCAUCAACAAUAAAUAAUGUAUCUGUUCAAAAUAAUCAACUAAAUUCUUUGAAAAAAACUACUACUGAACCAACUACAAGUAAUUUACAGAAAUCUUUAUGUAAUGAAACUAAAAGUUUGAAGAAUGAACAUACACUAUCAAAAGAAAAUGAUGAUAAAAAUAGCAAACCAACAUUGAAAGUUUCAAAUUUUACCGAAGAAGCUACAUUUGGUGAACACGAUAUACAAAAUAACAGUGAAACACCUGACUUAGCUCACUUGCAAAAAACUUUGAGAGCUUUAAUAAGAGAAGUUACACAAUCAUCUGGCGAAAAUAAAGCAGUGUCUAAUUCACCACCAUAUUCCAAUCCACUCAUCCAUAGUAAUAACUGUGCUUCAAAAUACCCUGCUAAAUAUUCUUCUACAAAAUAUAAUAGUUCAGGAUCUUUAUCAAAAAAAGAACCUGUUUUUAAGAAGUCAAUAUUGUGUGCAAGUUUUCCUAGCCGAAAAAAAGAUAGUAAUUUAGAGUUAAGGAUUCUUUCUCAACCAGAGGAACAACACAGAGCGAGAUAUUUAACUGAAGGAAGUAGGGGUUCUAUAAAAGAUAGAAGAGGAACUGGAUUCCCAACUGUCAAGUUGUUUGGAUAUAAUGAACCUGUGACUUUACAAGUAUUUAUUGGAACUGAUCAAGGAAGAAUUCAACCUCAUUUAUUUUAUCAAGCGAGUCAAGUAUGUGGAAAAAAUUCUACACCUUGUUUGCAAAAUAAAAUUGAUGGAACUACAGUUUUAGAAAUUACUAUGUCACCUGAUAAAGAUAUGACUGUCAGUUGUGACUGCAUUGGAAUCUUGAAAGAACGAAAUGUUGAUGUGGAGCAGCGAUUAGCAAAUUAUGGUGGAACUCGUAGUAAGAAAAGAAGUACUCGUUGCAGACUUAUAUUUCGUGUUGCUGUUCCUUUACCAGAUGGUGUAGAAAUAUUACAAGUUGCUUCUGCUCCAAUUAUCUGUACUCAGCCUCCUGGUAUUCCAGAAAUAUGCAGAGUUUCUUUACCUUCAUGUUCAGCGAAAGGAGAGUGUGAAUUAUUCAUAAUUGGAAAAAAUUUUCUGAAAGACACAAAAGUUAUAUUUAGAGAUAUACCUAAAUCUAUUUCUUUAGGUUCACCAAUAAAUUCAGAAAAUAGAGUUGAAAACAAGCCAUGGGAAGUUGAAGUAGAACCUGAGAAAGAAUAUUUACAGCCAACACAUCUAAUUUGUUUGAUUCCUCCAUAUCACAAAUUGGAUGUGAUUGAAGCUGUAAAAGUACAUUUGUUUGUGCAGAGUGGAGAUAAGUUGAGUGAGCCAUAUCCAUUUACAUACACUCCUUUAUCCUCAGUUUUUUUUAUUGGCAAAUGGUGAAGGAUGGCUAUUUUGGAAUGCAAAAGUGUUAAUAAAAAGGAGUAUUUAAGUAUUUUAUGUUUUUAAUAUAUAUUAUACGUAGCCUAUAUAUAUAUAUGUAUAAAUAUUUUAUAUGUAAAUAUACAAUCAGUGUUGUCAUCAAUUUUAUAGCAAUAUAUAGAAUAAAUAUUUUAAUUUCUUCAAUGAAACAUUCAUGAAUAGAAAAUAAUACUUUUACAUUUUAAUCUGCUUUUUUUUUUCAUAAUUCAUUAUAUUGCUAUUUAAUUCUUUUUGAGUUGUUUUAUGCAAAAGUGUGAUAUGAUAGUGUAUGAAAAUAAAAGGCAAAGAUAAAAUGGAAUAUUAAUUGAAAAUGUUUCAAAAUUUAAAGGUAUUUUUUACAUAUAACACUUGAAUAUUAUUGUCUUUUUCUAAAUAUGGAAAGGUUCAUAUUAGCAAAAAUACUGUUGUUCAAAAAUUACAUUUUAAAAAUUAAUAGUUUAUUGAAUAGAAUAUUAGAAUAUCAAAUUAGAUAUAAUCAUACAUUGUUUUAUUAUUAUUCUUUAUGAGAAUUAACUAUUUGACUGCUAUCUUUAGAAAUUAAAUAUAAAAAAACUGUCUGCAAUAUUCAGCAUUAUAUAUAUGUAUAAGGAAUAAUAAACUUAAUAGAAAACUUUUUAAGUAAUUUAGUUAUUUUAGUAAUAUGUUUCAUCAUAAGUACAGUAAUAAUUUGAAGAUUUUCCACAAAACUAAGCUUUAUAAAAUAACUGAAGUUUAACAAUAAAUUCUCAAAAUAUCUUGUGAGUUUAUCAGUAAUGUUAAGCUAUCCUAUGAUUACAGGUGUUUCAAAUCAGAUUUCUUUAUGAUGUUAAUUAUAAUAACUUAUGCAUCAAAUUGGCAGUUAUAUUGAAUUCUGUGUUUGGAAUACAGUUAUAUUAAUUCCAAUCAUAUUGAUAUAAAGUUUGUUGGUGCAUAAGAAAUAUUUUAUAUAUAAAUAUUUUUGUUCUUGUUUUUUAAAUAAGAGGAAAAGUUUUAAUAAGUGUAUCUUAAGUAAAUUUAAAAAUUGAAAAAUAUCAAGCAGUUAUAGUUAAUAAAUGUUCUAUAUUCAUAGAUUAAGUUAUAUAAUUUUGUGUGGAAUUUUAUAGUUAGAAUAUUUGUACCAAUAUACUAUAUUUGGAACAUUUCACAAAAGUUUUCUAUGGUCUUUUUUCAUAUGCAAUAUUUUAUAUAUUGAUUGCAGUAUCAAUAUAAAAGUAUAAUGAUUCAAUUUAAAAAAAAAAAGGAAAUUUAUAAUCAGAAAGCUUACAUUUUAUUGGGGGGAGAGAAAAGAAAAUCAGUGAGCCAGAGACAGUUACUGAGGAGUUAAUUAAAGUUAGUUAAUAUAAGGGAGAUUUGACAAAUAUCAUGGGUUAGAAAAUUCUGUCUGACUAGAUAAUUUGAAGAGUUAGAAUUUUAGUUAAACUCCUUACCUGUUGCACUAAACUUCAUUAUUUGUACAAUAUGAAGGCCAAAUGGCCAUGUGGUUAAGG